AGCCAAGGGAAAGUCCCGAAGUAAUUGUAGUUUUUUUUACAAAGUGAAAUUGCGCGAAGGUAACUUUACAUUACGAUAAUUUGUGUGAAGAAGACAGCCACUGUACCAUAGAUACACCCAUAUUAAUAUGAGCUUUCUAAAGACGAUACAACAAAGUCUCUCCAGCCUUAUUACCACUUUGACCAAUCGUAAAUCUACAACGCCAGCGGAUCUACCUGAACAGGAUUUCGAAAAUUUUCUAACUUGGUUUCACUCAAUCGAACCACAAAAAGAUGAGUUUUCUCUACCAAGUCAAUGUCACUUGCCUGCAGACACUUCCAGCCAUUCCAAAGCUUCAACUAAGGAAUUCAACACAAUUAAUGGAAAAGUGACCACUUUGUUUGAAAGUCAUGGCUUAAUUGACCACUAUGUGUAUUUUGAACAAAAAGAUGUGAGGGGAUUUGAAAGCACAAACUCACUUUCUGUUGGUGACUUUGUCCAAGCAGAAGUUGAAAGAGACAGCCAACACAGUGGUUGGAAGGCAACUUGUGUUAGUUUAGCAAACAAGGAAUCAGAAUGGAAUGAAGGAAACGCAACUUUCAGAAUACACACAAUGCACGAGGAUAGAGGGUCCAUCAUUGGUGUCAUUACAAAUCUUACUUAUGAUAAAGAAAGCAACAGCUUCACUGGUUGCAUUGAAAGAGAUGUAAAAUUCAACAAUGAGAAUCUUUCACCCAAUUACAUACCAUGGCGUGGCGACUGGGUCCAUGCAGAAGUCAGUGAGGGUAGCGUGGCAAACAACAUACGACCUUUAAGAAGCAAACAGAUGACAGGAUCUGUGACUAGAGGGCCUAACAGAGACAGAAAUGACACAACAGGUGUAGUGAAUGGAGAAAUAUGCUUUGAGGUUUAUUCUUGUCAAAAUCAAUUUUAUCCAAGAAGAUUAGAUCAAGUAUCUGUUGUGGCCAUUGAAAGCAUGCAAGGCAAAUACUCAUGGAGAGCAACUGAGGUUAAUUUGAUCAAAAGAUCUGAUAGAAGAGGAGGUGGGGAUGCGGGACAUGCGAGGGGAGGGUGGGUUCUUCGUGGACAUCGACCAGUAGAUGAUGACCGCCCUGCAAGUCUGCCGUCAUUUCUGCCAUCGUUUGCGAUACCAGACACACUAAGGACUGCUGUCAAUCAAGGUGGUGACAUUCUGUCCACCAAUCCAACACUGAAGCAACCGCUGUCAUGUGAUAAUUAUGCAGAGAGAUUUUCGUGCCUUCUUCACUUGGAAGAACUAUCUGCCGAAAAAGAGAUUCAAUCUUUUCAGUUGACCAAUAUAUCCUUAUCACGCAAAGGAGAAUUCUUAACACUUAAUGUACCGGGAAUUUUGGAUGGGAAACCAAGUCUACAUAUAGGUGACAUUGUGAUUCUACGUGAUCCCGUGAAUCCUACAUCUCAUCCCGAGCAUCACGGUUUCAUCCAUCAUAUUAUGAGCGACACAGAAGACCUUCUGCUCAAGUUUCAUGACCGCCUUCAUUCAAACUUUGACGAAGAGGACAAAUAUGUCGCCUCAUUUACAUAUAGUAGGACACCAUAUAGAAGAGCUCAUCUGGCAGUCAAGGUAAUGUGUAAUAUUUGUCCGGCUCCUUAUGAAGCAAUGAGAGCCACAGCUCGAUACAGAAUAGUUCUCACAACUUGCUGUAAUGCUGGAAACUUCUACACACUGCAGUUGAAAUCGGAUCAUUUUAGCCAUGUGUUCGUGGAUGAGUCAGGACAAGCCAACGAACCAGAAUGUUUGGUGCCAAUAGGUCUGGCCGCUAAAGGACAGAUUGUAUUGACGGGUGACCCCCAACAACUGGGUGCUGUGCUUAAGUCUUCAUAUGCACAGCAUUAUGGCUUGGGUAUUUCACUUCUUGAAAGAUUAAUGCAACUGAAAGAAUACACAAGAGAUAAUGAUACACAUGAGGAAGGAUAUAACCCGCUUUUGGUGACAAAACUUGUAAACAAUUAUCGUUCUCACCCCGCACUUUUAACCCUGCCAUCGAAACUAUUCUACCAUGAUGAACUGAAGGCAUGUGCAGAUCCUGAGGUUCGCGAAAGCUUGUGUGUUUGGAAGCAAUUACCAAACAAAACAUUUCCAAUGUUGUUUCAUGGAGUUGUGGGUACACAGCUCAGAGAAGAGAGAACUCCUUCAUGGUUUAACCCAUCUGAGAUAGUUCAGUUGACAAGGUAUGUCAAACUGCUAACUGCUGAGACAAAUAUGGUGGGUGCUGCAUCUGAUAUUGGUGUGAUUACUCCAUAUAAGAAACAAGUGGAGAAGAUACGACUCAUGUUUAAAGCAUUAAGUGUUGAAGGUGUCAAAGUUGGUUCUGUUGAGGAGUUCCAGGGCCAAGAGAGAAAAAUCAUCAUAAUAUCAACUGUGAGGUCACAAACAGAAACAGCCAAUGAGGAUUUCUCACUCAGUGAGCAUGACUGCCUGCCCACACUACUUGGUUUUGUUUCAAACGCAAAGAGAUUUAACGUCGCAAUAACUCGUGCUCAAGCUCUAUUGAUAGUAAUUGGAAAUCCAUUUUACCUUGCAAAGGAUCAAUACUGGAGAUCCCUGCUUAGAUUGUGUGUCAACAAUGAAAGUUACGUUGGAUGCGACAUCACUAAACUAUCGCUGCUACGCUGAAGCCAUAAUACAUGAAAAAAACAUUUUAUUUAUUUUCAUAUUUUCGUUUCAUAAUACACACUGUUGGUGCUUUUUGUUACAUACCAUGCCAAAACACUGUAA